AUGUUCCAUGCUCACUUUGCAGGCAAAAUCAACGCGUCGUGCGACUUCUUAACUGGCGAGUUCAUUAGCUCCGCCCAGGACCUCAUAAUUAAUUUUCUGUCGAAACUCAUGGAUCGGGAUACGAAGACCGAGCGUCUGCACUCGACAGUGCGGCUGAACCAGUUCACGCUGCAGUUCGAAGACGCCGGACUGGAAAAAGCUUAUCAGGCGGAGCUGCAUCCGCGCAAGAAAGCGCUCUGGCUUCGCUCGCUGCUACCAGCUGCAGCCUUUCAAAUCAUCUUUGCACUCGCCGAUGGACUCGAUUAUCCGGUUGAGCAUUUACUGGUUACCGUACCAUCAAGAGUAUUGCUCGCGAUGCUUCAAGUUGCCACGUGGCUGCUAGUGCGCUGGAAUCUAGUACGUGUAAGAGAGCAGACAAUGCUCAUGGUGUCCGUGGCCAGUGGGAUCCCCACGUUGCUGCUCUAUGCUCUGCAACGCACCCGCCUUUGUCAGUGGGACGCGCUGUUCGUGACCUUUGGACUGUCGUUCUAUACAAUUCCCAGAGUGACGCCGCUGGGCUAUGUGUCGUCUUUGUACGGCAGCUGGGCGACGGCUGCAGUGUACACUGUGCUCAGUUUCGUGGUUCGACCUCCGCUCCAUCAAGCGGAGAGCGUCCUGGGCAUUUUCUUCUUGGUGCCAAUGGUCUGGGUCUUUAAUACCAUUGCAUACUACUCCGAGUACAAUUCUCGCGAACGCUUUGCUUUACGUCGACGUUUGCGGCGUGAAAGUAUCACUCUGGCAGUUGCACGUACCUCUGAGGAAGGUGGAGCUUCACGACAAGGAUGUGAGGAAGACGGAUGGUUGCUGCUGCACACGCUGUCUCUGCGUGGUAGGAUUACAGCCAACACCAAGAACGGCACGACAUCUUUUGUCGUUGCGGUGAUACUCUGGGGAGCUUUUACGCUUGGUAGCUGGACAUCACUUCCAGACACGUUGAAGUUUGUUGAUGAAGACACGGGCUGGGCGUGGUUUAGUCACUGUGCAGGUGUGACGGUGUUUCUCGUGGUGAUGACGAGGCGGCUUCGAUGGCUGCUGGUAAUUCCAGUGCUCGGUUCGUUCGUGUUAUGGGUAAUGUCGCUAGCUAUGCCUGCAUCCUGGAUUAUUGUUUCAGCUCAUAGCGUGGGGUACGGUCUGCUGCUGGCUUCUGUGGUGAUCGCCAUGGGCGUGUUCGGUUGGUUCGUCUGUGCAUGGAGAGAGCUUGUGUCGUUCCUGACACGAUCGUGCUUCCUGUAUCCGCAGCUUCAAGCUGGUAUGGAAAAAGAGUAUCCGCUGCUUGUACGGAUCGUGUCCGAGUAUACAGCCGGUUUUGAUCCUGCUAUUUUGAAUGCACGAGUUCCGACGGCGAUAGCAAUGGACUCUCUGGGCACACGAGUAUCGGGAGUUUCAGCAGAUUCACCACCACGAAAAAUGCGAUCGGAGAAGGUGUGUACGAAAACGAUUGUGUCCUCCGUUGAUCAGCAGCAAAAUGAGAAAACAGAGAACAAUCGACUCCAGAAAGUGACGAAAGAACGACAUUCGUCGGGAAAAGAUAGAUGCCUGGCGGAGACCACCCCCACUCCGUCAGGUCCACCGUCAGCAAAGGAAGAUGCUGAGGUGAGAACCGACGACGGACCUUUGGAUCGGAAAAUGGUGUCCGUCUUGCCAUCAUUCAAGCCCGGAAAAUGCUUCUUUUGCUCAAAAAAUGAUGCAGAACACUUUGUACCUGCUUGCGGAAUGUGGGGCAAGUGGACUCAUUGGCGAAUGAACCAGCAGCAUAAUUUGAGUAACAGUCCGACAGCAUCAAGAGGGGUUGUUGCAAAGGCCACAGUUGCUGUGUCGAUGUGCACAUCCUACUGUGACCUUCAGAACAAAAAAUCUCAGCUCGAAUCUCAUGUUCGACAUCAAGAGGAUGAGAACGCUACAUUAGCAAAGGAGCUUGUAGCAUGCAAAGAGCGCGAACGGAAGCUGUCACUGGAAAACGUAGGUCUUAACACAAAGCUCCGUGCAAUGGAGGAAAGACACGCGGCAAAUCUACAACGGUGCGAGGUGCGUCUCAAAGAGAAAAUGGAGGCUGUGCAGAAGGAGACGAACUGGCGAGCUCACCAGCACAAAAGGCAGGCCAAAACAAGUGAAGCAGCACAGGUUGCUACGUUGCGAAAACAGCUUGCAGCCAGCGAGUUUCUCGUAAAUGAGGCCCAUGCUCGUGUCCAAAGUGUCAACGAAGAAGCAGCGGUGCUGCGUACAAAGCUCACAACAUGCGAAGCGGGCGUUGUCGAAUGGAAAAGCAAAGCUGAAGAGUACAAAGAGCAGCUUUUGAGCAUUGAGAUUCAGCCGCAGCAGCAUCCGCUCGGGAAACCAUCACGGCAUCGUUUAGGUUGCUCGCCUACUUCUUCAGCAAUCGGAGAAUCUUUGGCGAAUGAUGCGCCUGUGGCAACGCUUCAGACUCUACAGCCCGUCGGACGUUUACCAUAUGCACAAUCGCUCGAGAUUGAAGGUUUGCGGGAGUCUAGUAGACGCUCACACGACAACGUCGACUAUGCUGAACGCUGGCGACUCUUCCAAGAUUACGAUAUCGGCAAAAGCGCAGACAGCUUUUUCGUGGAAGGCGUAUCGAAUCAGCAGUGUUUGCAGGACGAGUACGCUGCUACUACUCGAAGUUCCAACACAGAGUCGUCUAGCCCCGGCAAAAGCUAA